GUUGGUGUUGGUAAUAAAUUUUGGUGUUUUUCGGGGAAAAAUAUGUAAAAGAAUUUUUUUAAAAUCAGGAAAAAUAAAAAGUGAAAUAGAAAAAUUAAAUCCUGCAACAUGAUAAACACGAGUAAUUUGUUGUGCAAUAUGUGUUAUCAGUCAACAAAUCAGUUGUUUCAGGUGCCAGGAUAUCACGCACCAACUUGUGCAAAGUGUUCUGAAAAUAUCACAAGAAACUCGACACCAGCAACAACACAACAAUUCUAUCAACCUUCAUCUGCAGUGCAGCAACAACAGCUUCCGAUAGGGAAUCAAGCAGAGCCGGCGAUGGUUCCACCACCGCAACAUACUGUUACACCAACAAUAAGAAAUGAUCAGCAACAGCAGCUAGGGGCUCAAAUAGCACAUCACAAAAAGUUCACAGCAACAACGGCGACCAAUAUCUCUUCAACAUUUGAACUUGAACAAGCAUUAAUCAAUAUGGAUGGUGAAAUAUUGUUGGGAGAAGAAGGGCAAUGUCCAAUUUGUCAAAAGAUUUUCAAUCGUAAAACUUCGCUGCUUAAUCACAUCAGAAAUCAUUCAGCUGACAAAAAAUAUGUUUGUGGGUAUUGUCAGAAAGGCUUUUCACAACAAGCAAAUUUAAGGAAUCAUGAGAGAAUCCAUACAAAUGAUCGUCCUUAUGUCUGUAUCGAUUGUGGAAAAGCUUUCACUCAAAUCACAAACUUAAAUAACCAUCGAAGACUUCACACCGGCGAGCGUCCUUUUGUCUGCAUUGAAGUUAACUGCGGGCGCAGUUUUGCACAAGUCACAAAUCUCAAUAAUCACAUGAAGACACAUCAUAAGAUCCAACAAUAUGUUUGCAGUCAAUGCCCGAAGAAAUUCCACACAGUCACUCAACUUAAUCAUCAUUUGGGAACUCAUGGAAUCACAAUUAAGACUCAGAUAGCUCCGAGAGGAGAGUUCUCUUGUAAUUUGUGUCCGACAUUCUUUAACGAUGAAUCACAAUUGAAACGACAUAUUCAAAGACAUGCCGAAGGCAGAUAUUUUCCUUGUACCGUGACAAACUGCAGUGAAGGUUUCUCAUCUAAAAAUCAACUCAACAAACAUCUCCAGAAUCAGCAUCCAAAUGAACCGAAUCGUCGAAAAGAGUCACGUCAAGUUCCACUUUCUCUCCUUCAACUGCCAGGCAAUUCACAUCUUAAUCCUACAAAAACAAAAAUUAAAAUUGAGGAAGACAUGAGAAUGUCAGCUUCAAAUCAAGUUGCACAAAUUCCAAUACAAAUUGCAGGUCAUAAUGGGACAAUAGCAAUCAAUCUUUCAUCGCCAUAUCAUCCCCACCACACAUCAUUUAACAGCGAGCACUUGUUGAAUAAUGGAAACACAAGUGAUGCAACAAAGAAAGUUUUAUCGAUAACCGAAAUAAUCAACAAUAGGCAGAAGUGUUAGGCCUGUCCAAUUUGAACCAUUUGAGCAACUUUAAUCACUUUCUGAAUUCAUUUAGUCAUUCAACGGCCAUACCCGGUAAUUCUUCAAAGUUCGUUUGUAAUUAUUGUUACAAUGUCUUCAAAACCACGCACACAUUGGAAAAACAUUUGCAAAAGUUUCAUAGCUAAAUCAAUUUAUGAAGCCAAAUCAACAGAAACCAUUUUUUCUUAAUGCAAUAAAAUGAUAUAAAUUAUUAUUCUUGUUGAUAUCAAAAUUUUAAUGAUCUCAAAACUCGGAAAAAAUGAAAGGAGAUGAAUUGUAAAUAUUUAAUAUAGAAAAUCUAAAAGAGAAUAAAAUUAAGAAGUUAAACUUUUAU